ACUUUAUAUUUUUAGUCUUUUUUUCUUCAUAAUAUACAAAUUUUAUUUUAUAGCUACAUAUUUGAAGAACGUUUUUAUUUAUUUUUAAUAAACUUUUUCAUACAUCAGAAAAAUGUUAUUUUUAUUUACGUUUUUUUCCUCUAUAUAUCUACAAAUUAUAGGAAAAGCUGGUUCUAUAUUUUCAAUUUUUAUACAGUAAGAAAAAUUCAUGCGAGAUAUCGAAGAAGAGUCAGGAUUUUUCAAAGUUUCCUCGAUAAAUUUUGAAUUACCUUGUGAAUAAUAGUUUAAAAACUUCAAAUUAACAACAAACAUAUUUAUUUAAUUGUAUAUUUUCAUGUUAUUUUCAAACUAAUAAAAAAUUCCUGUAUCAAAAAUCAAAAUUUAGAUUUCGCAACUUUGCUUAUUUAUACCGCAUAAAAACCUACACAGAGUACAGAUGAAUAGAAUAGACUACAGGAGUGCUGAUAUCACACAAAAGUGUUAGCGCUGAUCAGGGAUCACUUUCCGAACAAAGUUUCAACACACUACCUCCCGAACGCUCCGCUGUCAGUUUACCUCUACACCAAGUUGCAUCCCUGAGGAGUUAUAAGGCUUCAAGGAUGGGCAAAAAAUUAAUUUCUUUGCUUCAACUCAAAAAUACAAUAUUCCUCUUGGAAUACUGUCAUUGAUUGGUUAAUGACGUUUGCGGUUUUUAUACUUUUCGUUAUUUUGACAUAGAAAUAUCUUAUUAGUAAUAAACUUUAGUGCAAAAUUCGUGUGUUAACUGUUCUAGGAUCUAUUAUACAACUAAAUAAAUAAUCAUGGAAGAUUUAACUCUUAAUAAAAAUCAAAAGUUCUUGUAGAUCAUGUUUUAAGUUUAAAAUUUUCGGAAAUGGAUAUCAGCUGAUUUUGACAAUAAACUAUCAUUGCGCUACUCGGUUCGCGCUCGGUUAUAUAAAUUUUUGAGCACUCUCGGAAGAGAGUUUCCAUAUUUGUUUUGAUGUUUCAAUGUUUAUCUUUACUUAUAUGUAUGUAUUGUUUUUGUAUAUAUAAAAUAAACUGUCUUAUUAGUAAUGCAUAACAAACUGAUUAAGUAUAAUACCACAUCAGGAAUUGAUAUCUAAUUUUGUUACAUUCUCCGUUGCUAUACAGCAAACAAGUAGUUACAAAGUAAAUUUGUAUACUUUCAUAGUUACUGUUCUGACCUUGACAAAUUAUUUUUCGUUGGGCGUUUACUGUUUGGCAACUACCACAAUCAAUCUGUAGAAACUGUGAUCACGUGAUACAAAUCGCUCUCUGCUCUGUUUGUUUCGCGAACAACUUUUGUGGAAUAAUCUUUGAUUAUUACCUACAUAGUCCUUAAAGUCGAGACCUUCCUAAUAUUGAAGAACGAAUUUUAUAUUUUUAUAAUACGCAUAUUUUACAAAGAAAUUGAAAAUAAAAAGAUAAUUCACCAAAACAAUUUUUAUAAAAUCUCAACGUUUUCUACCAUAUUUACAUCUUGACAAUUCCGACAAAUUGACAGAUGUUUGUAUCUUUUUUUGAAGUUUACUAAAAUUAAAGUUCAACUAUGAAUAGACUGUCGAGACUUUUCAGUUUAAACAAGUUUAUUAAAUUGAAUAAAUUCAGAACAAGCACAGUUAAUAAUUCAAGUUUCAAUGCGUGCCGAAAAUUAUAUACAAAUCCGCAAUACGUACAUAACCUAAGAAAUUCAAACUUCAAUAGUAAAAUUCUAUUAGCGUUAAAUAUAUUAACAUGGUUGGGGUUUACCAAAGAUGAUGAAAAUAAGGAAUCAGAAUUAAUAAUGACUUUAAAGAGAGCCGUGUUGUGUAUGCAGAGAGAACAAUAUGAAAAAGCUGAACAGAUGUUACAUUUAGCUUUACGAAUAGCUCAACAGCAGCAGAACCAACAAGGUAUAGUCUACUGCUACGAUUUGAUGGCGAAUUUGGCAUUUGAUCAAAACGAUUUAGUCAAAGCGAAUAAAUUAUUCAAAUCUGUUUUACAAAUUCUACUCGCAAAUGGAAUGCCUGAUGAUGAUAUUAAAGUGAUCCACAUCAGUUUAAAACUAGCUAGGAUUUGUCAAUUAGCGGCCGAAUUAAAAGAAGCCGAAAUCGGUUAUACAUGGUGCUUACAACAAAUUGAUAAGAAAAGAAGUGAUAAUAUCGAUGCAAGUAUUCUUUAUGGUGUAAUAAACGAUUGGUAUGCCCAAUUUUUAUUAGAUAAAGGUGAAGUAAAUAAAGCAUUAGAACGAUUACAGGAGGCUUAUAGAAUAUGUAGCGAAUUGAUUGGGAAGAAUACUCAACAGGCAGUAUUAUUAUUGAAUGAUUUAGGGACGACAAGUUUUAGAGCUGAAGAUAUGGUAAACGCAGAGAAAUAUUUAAAAGAAGCUGUCAAUAUAGGGAGCACUCUAGAUGAUAAGUCACAUUUAGGGGUUGUUCAGGCGAAUUUAGGUUUGAUUUUGUUGGAAAAGGGAGUAAUAGAUUUAGCUGAAAAGAAUUGUAAGGAAGCAUGGCACUUAGGAAGAAAACACGAAAACGAAGAAUCCAUACACCAAGCGAGUUAUUGUUUAGAUCAAAUAAAAAUGAAUCUUGAAGAAAGACUAAAAUCCAAAUGAUUUUUUUAAAAAAAUAUUUUGCUAGUUACAUGUGGAUAUUAAUUUAUUUUUUAUAAAAUUGGAUAGAAAAUUAAAAAAAAUAUAUAUAAGGGAA